GGAACCAUGGUGGGCCACCUGAGCGAGGGGGCCAUUGUGGCCAUAAUGCAACAGGGGGAUACAUCCAUAAAACCCAUCCUCCAAGUCAUUAACAUCCGUCCCAUUACUACAGGGAAUAAUCCACCCCGUUAUCGACUGCUUAUGAGUGAUGGAUUGAAUACUCUAUCUUCUUUCAUGUUGGCAGCACAGUUGAACCCUCUCGAUGAACAAGAACGAUUGUCUAGCAACUGUAUCUGCCAGAUUAACCGAUUUAUUGUGAACACUCUGAAAGAUGGAAGGAGAGUGGUUAUUUUGAUGGAGUUAGAAGUUUUGAAAUCAGCUGAAGAAGUUGGAUUAAAGAUUGGCAAUCCAGUGCCCUAUAACGAAGGACAUGGGCAGCAGCCAGCAGUUCCUCCUCCAGCCUCAGCAGUCAGUCCACCAACCAGCAGGCCCCAGCAACAGAAUGGGAGCUCGGGAGUCGGUUCCACUGUAUCUAAGGCUUUUGGUGCCUCAAAGACAUUUGGAAAACCUGGAGUAGGGAACACAGGUUCCAGCCUAGGGAACAGCUCUGGGGGAACACAGGCCAAAGUGGUGCCCAUUGCCAGCCUCACCCCUUAUCAGUCCAAGUAGACUAUUUGCGCUCGUGUUACCAACAAAAGUCAGAUCCGUACCUGGAGCAAUUCCUGAGGGGAAGGGAAGCUUUUCUCUGUAGAACUAAUUGAUGAGAGUGGCGAAAUCAGAGCGACUGCUUUCAAUGAGCAAGCGGACAAGUUCUUUCCCCUUAUUGACGUGAACAAGGUCUAUUACUUCUCUAAAGGCACCCUGAAGAUCGCCAACAAACAGUUCACAGCUGUCAAAAACGACUAUGAAAUGACCUUCAAUAAUGAGACAUCUGUCACGCCCUGUGAAGAUGGUCAUCAUUUACCCACAGUUCAGUUUGAUUUCACAGGGAUUGGUGACCUGGAGAACAAGUCUAAAGACUCACUUGUAGACAUAAUCGGGAUCUGCAAGAGCUAUGAAGAUGUCACUAAAAUCACAGUGAAGUCUAACAACAGAGAAGUCUCUAAGAGAAAUAUCUAUUUGAUGGACAUGUCAGGGAAAGUGGUGAACGCUACUCUGUGGGGAGAAGAUGCUGAUAGAUUUGACGGUUCUAGACAACCCGUGAUGGCUAUCAAAGGAGCCAGAGUUUCUGAUUUUGGUGGACGGAGCCUCUCCAUUCUGUCUUCAAGCACCGUCAUUGUGAAUCCUGACAUCCCAGAGGCCUAUAAGCUUCGUGGAUGGUUUGACUCAGAAGGACAAGCCUUGGGUGGCGUUUCCAUCUCUGAUGUAAAGAGUGGAGGGACAGGAGGGAGCAACACCAACUGGAAAACCUUAUAUGAGGUUAAAUCGGAGAACUUGGGCCAAGGUGACAAGCCCGACUAUUUCAGCUCUGUGGCGACAGUGGUGUAUCUUCGCAAAGAGAAUUGUAUGUACCAGGCCUGCCCAACUCAGGACUGCAAUAAGAAAGUGAUUGAUCAGCAGAAUGGGUUGUACCGCUGCAAGAAGUGUGACAGUGAAUUUCCCAAUUUCAAGUACCACAUGAUCCUGUCAGUAAAUAUUGCCGAUUUUCAAGAGAAUCAGUGGGUCACAUGUUUCCAGGAAUCUGCAGAGGCCAUCCUUGGACAGAGCACUGCUUAUCUUGGGGAGUUAAAAGAGAAGAACGAGCAAGCAUUUGAGGAAGUUUUCCAGAAUGCCAACUUCCGAUCUUUUACAUUCAGGAUCAGGGUCAAACUGGAGACCUACAAUGAUGAGUCUCGAAUUAAGGCCACUGUGAUGGACAUGAAGCCCGUGGACUACAGAGAAUAUGGCAGAAGGCUGGUCACGAGCAUCAGGAAGAAUGCAGCGAUGUGAGCCGAGCCUGCUGAUGGGCAGGAGUUCGUAGAUAGAGGGCUAAAGCGAGCCGACCUCACACCCCCGCCC